GAAACUCCCCAACAGAUGGACUCGCGUUCACCUUCCAUAAGUGACCCAUUGAAAGGCGCGGUACCUCACAUGGCUCUUGGGCAGUGCAGCACAUAUUUGCCUCACUGCCAUCGCAUUGUUAUCGCUCUACACUGGCCUGUCCCCUGUCAACGAUGUCGCUCAAGGAGAAGGCCAACGCUCUCAGACGGGAUGUCGAUCGCCUUCUAGAAGCAGGAGGUGACUUCGCGAUCCCAAUUCUCAGAGCCAUCAAUGCUGCAUCCGAUGCAUUCCCUCCCCUCAAAGGUCCCACUAGCGCCGCCCUCUUCAUCUUUAGCGAGAUCCAAAAGUUCAAGUCAGAUAAGAAAGAAUGGAAGGAAUUUGGGAAAUAUGUGGUUGAUGUUGUAGCGGACGUGCUAGCGGCCAUCGAAUCCUAUGACACUUUAACGGAAGAGGCAAAACCUUGGCUGGAGAACGCCAAGAAGCUGGACGACGCGCUAAAACAGAUCGCCAACGACAUCGUACCAAUCCUCGCAAAAAUGAAGAAGCGGCACGCUCUUACCAACUACUUCUCACAGUCGAAGGAUCCGGGCAGGAUUGAUGACUUCAAGAAAGUUCUCGACAAAGCGUUGGCAUCAUUUCAGCUGAGAUUUAGCCUAACGGUUGGCGCCAAACUAACAGACGUAGUAAAUAACCAAAGCCGUUCAGAGAGCGACUCAGUUUUGAGUGAACUGCGAUAUCCGACCAUCGCCCAUCAUGACCCAGCUGAGGCGUGCCUGGAGGGUACCCGAACACGUCUUAUCGACUGUGUCAUGAGCUGGUGUCGUAAUAUGGAGGACGACACGAAGCGGGUGAUGCUAUUGACAGCCGUGGCUGGUGCUGGCAAGACAUCGGUUUCCCAUUCAAUCGCGGCGAAAUGCGAGAGCGAAGGGUCACUGUUGUUGACCUUUUUCUUCAAAGCCGGCGAGCAGUCACGGCCGGAUCACCUAUUCAGUGGCAUGGCUCGAUCUCUAGCAAAGCGCAACCCGUCAUACUGUGCCUCCAUCAUAUCCAUUCUUAGGGACGAUCCAACCCUCGCAACUGCAUCUUUCCCGGUACAAUUCGAGAGGCUCGUGGCUGGACCUCUCCGUCGGAGGGCUUUCGGCGAUCCCGUGGUGGUGAUCGUUGAUGCUUUGGAUGAAACACCAAAAUUGCCAUCCAACAUCAAGUUCUUUGUCACAUCAAGACCAACUUACCUCGUGAAUCGUCUUCUCUCACCCAAUUUUCCCAUCGACCGGUUUGGCAUAGAUAUCUUGGAUAAUGCCAAUAAACAAGACUGCUCUGUUUACGUCCGCACGCAGCUGCAUCGUCUAAAGGAUGAUUGUUCUGGUUGCGAAGACGAAUUCGAGGAAGAUUCAUUGGUUCAAGACAUAUCGGAAAAAGCCGGUGGCUUGUUCAUCUGGAUCAGCACUGUCUUCCGUUAUGUGAGGUUGGCGAAGAACCCGAGGAAAUCGCUGGAUAGGCUGCUCAACACAGGUACCUCUCGAUCAACAGAUUCUCCUGAAGGAGUGAUGGGUACGCUGUAUACGACCAUCCUAGAUAAAUGUGGCUGGGGAGAGGAGGAUUUCGUGCAUGACUAUCCCAUCGUCAUGGGGGCGAUCCUGAUUGCCGAACAACCGCUGUCUAUUGCGGCAUGGGAUGCAAUUUUGUCACCGUUCUUAAACUCUUCCAUCCGCGACACGUUGGUUGAACUUGCUUCCCUCUUAUUAGGGGUCCCCAAUUCCGACACACCGAUCCGCAUCAUUCAUCAGUCGUUCCGCGAGUUUCUCACAAGCCAAAUCGGUCCUGAGUCACUUGAUCAUCGUUACAUGGUGGAUACGAGAAGGGUGAAUGCCACCAUGGCCCUACGCUGUACCGAGAUCUUGAAUAAGGAUCUUUGCUGUGUGGAGGGUUUGGGGCUGAUCGAAUAUUUGGGCCAAAAGGAUGAACUUCCGCGCAUCCCUCAAGAGAUGCUGUCGGAACAACUCCGUUACUCGUGUCGGUACACCGUGUGCCACCUCAAUAAAGUUCAGGAGCCACUAGAGGUUCUCAACGGAUCGGUUCUCGCAUUUCUGAAUCAGCAUAUAACGCGCUGGGUGGAGGUCUGUGUGAGAACAGAAGGGUACAUCAGUGUAUCAUCAUUUCCUGAGUGGGCUAAGUUGAGUAUUGACCGGAAUUCAAAGAAAGACAUUCACAAGUUGAUCCAAGUACUUGACGAUGUGAGACGGAAUCUGGCAUUCUUUUCAAGAUUUCAGGAGGCACAUGAGUCGGCGAAGGAUUCCGUAACCCUCUGCCGUUGGCUCGUGUCCGCAGACUCAGAGCUUCGGCGCGCGCUCGUUGCUAUUGAUCCGACAUCAUACACCCCAGAUUUGGCUGAAUCACUCAACAGUCUUAAAAUAUCAUUGGAUGCUCUGGGACAUCAUUCCGAGGCGCUCCUAGUGAUUGAAGAAAGUGUCAACCUGCGGCGUGCGCUCGUUGCUGCUCACCCCACGUCAUACACCCCAGAUUUGGCUCAAUCGCUCAACAGUCUCAAGAUAUCAUUGGAUAAUUUGGGACAUUAUUCCGAUGCGCUCCCAGUGAUCGAAGAAAGUGUCAAGCUCUGGCGCGAGCUCGUUGCUGUUCAUCCCACAUCAUACACUCCUGAUUUGGCUCGAUCGCUCAACAAUCUUAGGAUAUCAUUGGAUAAUCUGGGACGUUAUUCCGAGGCGCUCCCAGUGAUUGAAGAAAGUGUCAAGCUCUGGCGCGAGCUCGUUGCUGUUCAUCCCACGUCAUACACUCCUGAUCACGCUCAAUCGCUCAACAGUCUUAAGAUAUCUUUGGAUAAUCUGGGACGUUAUUCCGAGGCGCUCCUGGUGAUCGAAGAAAGUGUCAAGCUCUGGCGCGAGCUCGUUGCUGUUCAUCCCACGUCAUACACUCCAGAUUUGGCUCGAUCGCUCUGCAAUCUUUGCAUGUCAUUGAACAAUCUGGGACGUCAUUCCGAGGCGCUCCCAGUGAUCAAAGAAAGUGUCAAGCUCUGGCGUGAGCUUGUUGCUGUUCAUCCCACGUCAUACACCCCAGAUUUGGCUCUAUCGCUCAACGGUCUCAAGAUAUCUUUGGACAAUCUGGGACAUUAUUCCGAUGCACUCCCAGUGAUCGAAGAGAGUGUCAAGCUCUGGCGCAAGCUCGUUGCUGUUCAUCCCACAUCAUACAACCCAGAUUUGGCUCAAUCACUCCACAAUCUUGCUCUCUCCUUCGAUUACCUUGAUUGUCCCGCUGAAGCAGUGGCCUUCAUCGAAGAAUCCAUUUCUCUUUGGCGUCAUCUGCACAUUACUCAUCCGACCUCAUAUGUCGCUAAUUUAGCCUGGGCAUUGCGGGAUCUAUCCAAGAUACUUUCACGCGUGGGGCGCUAUGCAGAAGCAUUCGAUAUGGGUGAAGAGGCGAGAUUACGCUCUCAUCAGCUUCAUUCUGAAUAUCCUGACAUCUAUGCAAAUUACCUUUGGCGGUUAUAUGCCGGCAUGGUUGUUCCGUUGGAACGUCUUGGAAGGGGUCAUGAGUUAGCGGAUAUACGCACACUCAUGCAGAAUUUAUGAACAUGCCCUCUACGCAACGGAGUCUAGCUGCGCGUCUGCGCCACAGCUAACCCGAAUCAUUUUCCUCAUUCUUCUACUGGCCAUAUAUUCAAGCACAAACCCGUAGCCAACCUCACUCUCUCUUCGCGAUGUUCUCUGACC